AUGAACAUAUCCCCUCAGGCUCUCGACUCUGCGUCUCGGACACACAGCAGCACGAGAAACUCUACGACAUCAAGUACUGUUACCACUCUUCUCCUGAAGUCUAAGGCUAGGGCGGAGAGGUCAAAGGUCAAACUCAGGUUUGCUAAACAGGAAGCCGAGAUCGCGAAGAAGCAAGCGAAUCUUCAGGCUGAGCUGACGAUUCUAAAUACACAGAGAGAAGCCGAUGAAGCGGAGGCUGAACUCAAGGCUGUUAUGGAGUUCACAGAGGGGAGUUCAAUAUGUUCGCACCAAUCAUCUCGGGCGUUAUCUAUAAGACAGGAGACAGCUCCAGAAAAACAUGAUAGAAUUUCCAAGUUUAUAGAACAACAAUCCGAUCAGGGGGAACCCGACAGCACCGAUACUAAAGGGGAUAAAGGUAUUCAGGAUACAACCCUUCCAUUACAAGACCUGAGGUUUAAUCGAUUCAACCCUGCCCCCAACUGGCAACCUCUUAAUAAUGACCUACAACAUCAACCUCCUCCUGGAAUGAACCCUUAUGUUACUCCUUACCAUCCUAGGGAUCAGGCGUUGUGUCAAGGUCAUGGUGACGCGAAACCCUGCCUUAUAGACAGAAUGGCAGCUCCGACUGCUACCAGUACGCCCUUUACAACUAAUGAAGGCCCCACUUUGAUCACUCAGAUUCCACCCAGCACAUCUCAGCAUUUUGGGAGUCUACAAACCACUCUUCCCUCGGACGCACAUCCUCCCGUGACUACCUCAUUGCCACACACCUGUACCACUACGCCUCCAUACUUGGAUAUAUGCUCGGUGUUCACUAAGUAUCUGGCCAAGAAAGAUUUACUCUUACUGCGUUUUACCAAGUUCGACGACAUACCAGAACACUUCAGGACAUGGAAGGCCAGUUUCAGCGCGAUUAUCAGUGACUUGAGUUUAUCACCACAGGAGGAGAUUGAUCUUUUGGUGAAGUGGUUGGGCCCAAAGUCCGCAAAGUUUGCACUCACAAUGCGAGCAGCCAAUGCCAGCAAUCCUGAAAACGGAGUGAGACUCAUUUGGGAGAGGCUACAGGACAAAUAUGGGAGUCCAGAGUCGGUCGAGGCAUCUGUUAAAAGGAAAUUAAGCUCAUUUCAAAGAAUUAGCAACAACAAGGAUCGUCAUCGCCUUUUUGAACUCUCAGAUAUUGUAUCAGAGAUAGCCUCAUUGAAGGAGGACGCUAGGUAUAGCGCGCUGCUUGCUUAUUAUGAUUCAACAUCGGGGGUGAACCCUAUUGUCAGUAAACUCCCUACAUACCUCCAAGAAAAGUGGACCACAGAGGCUGUGAAGUACAAGCAAAAGCAUCAAGUCACAUAUCCACCAUUCUCACAUUUCAACAAAUUCUUGCGGGACGUAGCAAGGAUAAGGAACGACCCCAGUUUUGAAUAUGAUAUCUCCACCUCAGAUGUCAGAAAUGAGUCGAGGGGUCGAGUCACACAAACGAAGGUCACGUCGAGGAAGACUGAAACGGGUAUACCCAGGGCUACAGAGGACACCUGUCCACUCCAUCAGACCAACCACUCCUUGAACAAGUGCCGUUCUUUCCGCACCAAACCUAUUAAAGAACGAAAGGAAUUUCUUUUCUCAAACGGAAUAUGUUUCAAGUGUUGUGGUCCUCAGAAACAUUUAGCUAAGAGUUGUACCGCACUUCACAUCAACGCCAACAAAUCAGCCUCUAAAGGUCAUGGAGGGGAGGGUCAAAGGCAAGGAGGUGGAGACUCUAAUCCGAAAACUCAAGGUACUGUCGUGGGUAUUUGUACCCAAGUAUGCGGCCAAAGGGAAAACACUAGUAAAUCGUGUGGUAAGGUCGUGCUAGUUCAAGUUUACCAUCCGGAUAAUCCAAGCAAGGUCAAGAGGUUGUAUGCCAUCCCUGAUGACCAGAGCAACAGAACACUUGGGCGAUCGUCGCUUUUUAACUAUUUCGAUGAAAAUGGACCGGAUAUGGAAUAUGCUAUGUCAUCCUGUUCUGGCAGCCAUGUUACCACAGGCAGAUUGGCAUCCAGGUACAUUAUCGAGUCAAUGGAUGGUACGUUCAAGACAGAACUUCCCGACAUCAUUGAGUGUGAUGCUAUACCCAACAUGAGACAGGAAAUUCCUUCCCCGGAAGUGACUAGACAUUUUCCCCACCUUCAGGACUUGGAGGGUCUUAUCCCACCUAUAGACCCCGAUUCAGACAUUGCACUACUCAUUGGACGCGAUCUUCCGAUAGUUCAUCACGUUCUAGACCAGCGCCUCGGUGGUGCUAACUCACCAUUCGCGCAAAAACUUCAUCUUGGUUGGGUGGUGGUAGGCGAAACCUGCCUUGGUAGCGCACACAGACCAAGUCAUGUUAACGUUAACAAGGUCAAUACACUUAAUAAUGGAAGGCCAUCUCUGCUACAGCCAUGCCCCAACGAUUUGGAUAUAUCCUUUACUGGAGACGAAGUUUUCCGUAAGACACUUGAUGAUAACAAGCCAGGGUUAUCUAUACAGGACAAACAAUUUAUGGACAUAAUGAAAUCAGGAUUCAGGAAGGAUGAGGAGGGCAACUGGGUGGCCCCACUUCCCUUCAAGGUCAACAGGGAGCGACUUCCAGAUAAUCGUCCUUUGGCUUCGAAGAGAGCAAAAUCCGUCUUAGCUAGUAUGAAACGGGAUGAAAACAAGAAACAGCACAUGGUGGAGUUCAUGCAGAAAAUUCUGGACAAGGGGCAAGCGGAAAUUGCGCCCGAGCUCGCAAACAACCAGGAAAGAUGGUAUCUUCCAUUGUUCGGGGUAUAUAACCCAAAGAAGCCGGACACUAUCAGAGGUGUAUUUGACUCUUCAGCGAAGUUUGAAGAUGUUUCGCUGAAUGACGUUCUGCUCACUGGUCCGGACACGACGAACAGUCUUCUAGGCAUUCUGUUGCGCUUCAGGAAAGGACCGGUCGCCAUAACUGCCGACAUAGAACACAUGUUCUAUUGUUUCCGCGUGGAGGAACAACACAGGGAUUAUCUACGGUUCUUCUGGCACAGAGACAAUAAUCCCGAACUUGAGUUAGUUGAAUACAGGAUGACUGUUCAUGUAUUUGGCAACAGUCCCUCCCCGGCUGUUGCCACCUUUGGGCUAAGGAAAUCUGUCGAGAGCGCGGACUCUGAUGUCAAGGAAUUUGUGUCACAAAACUUCUAUGUCGACGAUGGACUCGUCUCUGCUGAUGAUGCCAAGACAGGCAUUGAUCUCAUGAAGCGCACUCAGUCGACCCUAGCACGUGAAGGCAAUCUGAGAUUGCACAAGAUUACUUCCAGCAGCAAGGAGGUACUUGACGCCUUUCAGCCAAAUGACUUGGCCAAGGGACUAAAGGGUCUAGAGUUAGGAAAGGACAUCAUACCCCUCCAGAGGAGUCUAGGUCUCGUGUGGAACGUAAACAAUGAUACCUUUACCUACCAAGUGUGUCCCGAUACGCAACCCUUCACACGUCGAGGUGUGCUUUCCACCGUCAACAGUCUGUUUGAUCCGUUGGGACUCAUUGCUCCGGUAGUGAUUCGAGGAAAGCUUAUCCUUCGGGAUCUUAUGGCGUGUGGUUCAACUGUUGGCUGGGACGAGCCCUUGCCAUCAGACCGCGAAGCAGAGUGGAAGACGUGGCGAGAUUCCCUCGUUUCACUAGAGGAUGUAAGGAUUCCGCGAGUCUGCUCAACCUUUCUCCGUAUCGCUGUUUCUCGGAGGGAGCUCCAUACGUUUGCCGACGCAUCCCAGGAUGCUAUUGCUGCAGCGUCCUAUCUGAAGACUUUCAACAUCAGUGGCAGCACAGAGGUCAGUUUCGUUUAUGGGAAGGCAAAGGUCGCGCCACAAAAGGGUCACACAAUCCCUCGUUUAGAACUUUGUGCGGCAGUGCUUGCUGUUGAGAUCGCUCAAACAGUCAUCGAGCAACUAGAUAUUACGCUAGAUGCCGUCCGUUUCUAUUCUGACAGCCAAGUCGUCCUCGGUUAUAUUCACAACGAGGAAAGAAGGUUUUACGUGUAUGUGUCAAACCGCGUCGAGAAGAUAAGGGCUUUCUCUACGCCCGAUCAAUGGACUCAAGUGUCUACCCACUGCAACCCUGCCGAUGUGGCUACCAGAUCUGUACAUGCGAAGGACAUUCAAACUAGUCCAUGGGUGAAGGGCCCCGGACUUCUCGAGGAAGAAAUUGUAGAAGUGACUUACCCCCUUCUCCAAGUUGAAACCGAUAAAGAGGUAAGGCCUGAUGUCACCUCUCUCAAAACAUCUUCCAGAGAAAUUCAGCGUUUGGAUGGAAUACGGUUUCAGAGGUUUUCUUCGUGGACUCGUCUGGUUCGAGCCGUUUCCUUAUUGAAACACAUCGCACGCACCCAUGCUAGGAACGAAAAACACUGCAGUGGUUGGCAUUGGUGCACUACCCACAAGAACGUCGACAUGUUCCAAGAGACCGAGCGUGUUAUCAUUAAACAAGCACAGCUCGAUUCCUACCAUGUUGAGAUAAGCUGUCUACAGAAUGGGGAAAGACUUAACUCCAGUAGUCCCCUCCUACCACUCUCACCUUACCUCGAUGAGCACGGCAUCCUUAGAGUGGGAGGUCGACUUAACAGAGUCAAGGAUCUUGCGAGCGGCGAAGUAAACCCCGUGAUAGUACCCAAGGGACACCACAUUGCCACGUUGCUUGUCCGUCACUAUCACAGCUCCGUUCAACAUCAGGGAAGAACAUUCACGGAAGGAGCGCUGAGGGCAGGUGGCUUCUGGAUCAUUGGUGGCAAAAGGUUGAUCUCCUCCCUGUUGUGUAGCUGCGUCAAGUGCAAGAAACUUAGAGGAAAGGUCGAACACCAGAAAAUGUCGGAUCUCCCAUCUGACCGCACAACACCAAGUCCUCCUUUCACGUAUGUGGGAGUUGACGCUUUCGGGCCGUGGUCGGUGACCACAUGA